AUUUCAAUGCAAGAUACAAAAUGAUACGUAAUACGUAAUUCCUAUUAAUAUGAUUUUCCAAAAUUCCUAUUAGAAAUUUGAGGACGAUGGGUCAAGGAAAUUAGAAGACCAAAACGUGCAAUUUUAUUACGCAACUGAAUACGUAAUUGCACACGCAAGGAUAAACGAGCGACACAAACAUCAUUACUCAUUAGCCACCGGCCGCGAGGAUCUUGUAUUAUUGGGCGCCGCUGAAUAUUCUAGACGGCCACAUGGCACGUUCUCAUUCCUUCCGAUUGAUGGCUUUUGCCACGUGGCAGAUACGACCCUUGUAUAAAUUCCACGCCACCGAUUCAUUCCUACUGGUAAAAUAAACCCUCACGUGACUUUUUCAUUGUAAAAAAAUCUCUUCACCUACCGUAAUGUCUUUUGGGCUGUCUAUGGAAUCUGUUUGUCCGCCACGCGCUUUCCCCUCACGCGCUUCCGCACACAGAACCAAGAUUCCCCCCUUCCCGGCGUUGCGGUUCGGCGGCCGGCGAAUCCCGAAGUCCGUGAAAUGCGGCGGAAGGGGCGGUCCGGCACCGGAGUGGGAAAGGAAACUGGCGGAGGAAGUGGCGGGGAUGGGGAUAGUGAGAAAAAAGUGUAAAGAGGUGAAGGGUGGAGUGGCUGAGCUGUUGGAAUGUCUGGAGAGGGAGGCGAUAAUGGGCGACGAUGAAGGAAGAGAGCCGUCGGAUUACAAUCGGAGGGCCCAGAUUUUCGACAAGAGCUCUGUAAUCUUCCAGGCUCUGAAGAAUGGAACGAUUAUUGAUGAGGAUGAAGAUUGUUGUAUACCUUCCAGAACAGAGUAGAACAAGUGAUUGUGUUGCUUUAACUCCUACCCUUAACUGUUACUGGUUUAAUGCUUCAAUUUCAUAUCUAUUUGUGAUAUGCUCUGGUAUCACUUAUAGAUACUGCUAUCCUGAUUCUGAAAUGUAUUCGAGAAUGUAUUGAAGUUCUUUCAUCUAAUAUGUUAAAAGAACAAGUUUCAACCAUGAAUAAUAUAAAAAAGUUGAAUAUUUGUAUGACA